UCGAGUCUGUGCAUCAAUAAUCUGCCAUCGGCUGCAGUUUAAUCCUGUUAUAUCUGAUCUGAACAGAUUAUAAAGAGAGAAUAACAUGCAGUCUGAUGACGCGCAGUAUCUGAAACGGAAAGUGAAGCCGGGGAACAUUGACGUUCACCCCACGGACAAGGCGCUGGUGGUUCACUACGAGGUGGAGGCCUGCGUCCUGGGAGAAAACGGAGGAUCGGUACACGAGGAGCGUAAGGAGUGCCAGAAGGUUAUUCGCCUGAAGAGUCUGAACGCCAGCACGGACGUCUCCUCUCUCGCCCGGAAGGUGGUGGACGAAUGCAAACUCAUCCAUCCGUCCAAAGUGGCCGAGGUGGAACAUCUGCUCUUCUACCUGCAGAACCGCAAGAAGCCCAGCAGUAAAGCAGAGAAAGAGGAGAAGAAGUUGUUGAAACCCCGAGAGCUCACUCCGUUCGAUGGGAUGGAGCUGGAUGAGGAGGCCAACAUCAAUAAGAUAGAGGAUUACGUCGAGCUGCUGUAUGAGGGAAUCCCGGAGAAGAUCAGAGGCUCCACUCUCAUCCUUCACCUCGCCCGAAAUCCUGAUAACCUGGAGGAGCUGCUGCAGAACGAAGCUGCGCUCGGUGCUCUAGCGAGAGUGUUAAGAGAAGAUUGGAAGCAGAGCAUGGAGUUGGCCACCACCAUUGUUUAUGUCUUCUUCUGUUUCUCCAGUUUCUCUCAGUUCCACGGUUUGAUCACACACUAUAAGAUCGGAGCUUUGUGCAUGAACAUCGUCGAGCACGAGUUAAAGAGAUACGACCUGUGGCAGGAGGAGCUGGAAAAGAAGAGCAAAGCAUGUGAAGAAGAUCCUGAUAACCAGAACCUGAAGAGAGAACAUGACAAAGCCUAUAAGAAAUAUCAGAGUCUUCUGGUGAAGCAGGAGCAGCUGCUGAGAGUGGCUCUCUACCUGCUCCUCAACCUGGCGGAGGACACGCGCACAGAGCUGAAGAUGAGGAACAAGAACAUCGUCCAGCUGCUGGUCACGACUCUGGAUCGGGAUAACGAGGAGCUCCUGGUGCUCGUCGUCUCCUUCCUCAAGAAGCUCAGCAUCUUCCUGGAGAACAAGAACGACAUGGCGGAGAUGGACACCAUCGAGAAGCUCACCCGCUUGGUGCCGUGUGAUCACGACGACCUGCUGAACGUCACCCUGCGUCUCCUGCUGAACCUCUCCUUCGACACGGGACUGCGGAACAAGAUGGUGCAGGUCGGCCUCCUGCCCAAACUCACCGGCAUGCUGGGCAGCGAGACUCAUAAGCAGAUAGUGAUGUGUAUCCUGUAUCACAUCAGCAUGGACGACCGCUCCAAAUCCAUGUUCGCCUACACUGACUGCAUCCCUCAGUUGAUGAAGAUGCUGUUUGAAAUCAGAGAGGAGAGAAUCGACUCAGAGCUCAUUUCCUUCUGCAUCAACCUCGCGGCUAACAAGAAAAACGCUCAGAUCAUCUGUGAAGGAAACGGUUUGAAGAUGCUGAUGAAGAGAGCGCUGAAGUUUAAGGACCCGCUGCUCAUGAAGAUGAUCAGGAACAUCUCGCAGCACGAUGGUCCACUUAAACAGCUUUUUCUGGAUUAUGUGGGGGACUUGGCGGCUCAGAUCAGUCCCGAAGAAGACGAGGAGUUUGUGAUCGAGUGUUUGGGCACGUUGGCGAACCUCACCAUUCCUGACCUGGACUGGGAGCUGCUGCUCCGUGAAUACAACCUCGUCCCCUACCUCAAAGAGCGCCUCAAACCCGGCUCAGCAGAGGAUGACCUGAUCCUGGAGGUGGUUAUACUGAUCGGCACGGUGUCCAUGGACGACUCCUGCGCCGCCAUGCUGGCCAAAUCCGGCAUCAUCCCCGCUCUCAUAGAUCUCCUCAACGCCCAACAGGAAGAUGACGAGUUCGUGUGCCAGAUUGUCUAUGUUUUCUAUCAGAUGGUUUUUCACCAGGCCACCAGAGACGUCAUUAUUAAAGACACUCAGGCUCCGGCGUACCUCAUCGAUCUCAUGCACGACAAAAACGCAGAGAUCAGGAAAGUGUGUGACAACACGCUGGACAUCAUCGCAGAGUAUGAUGAACAGUGGGGUUGUAAGAUCCAGUGUGAGAAGUUCCGCUGGUUUAACUCUCAGUGGUUAGAAAUGGUGGAGAACCGCGAGACGGAGACAGAGCCGUUCCUCUACGGAGACACCGAGACACUGCAACCACCGGACCUGUUCUACAGCACGGCAACGGAUCAAACGGCCGGCCUGCCACUGCGUACGGGUUUCGCCCAGACGAGCCGUUCUACUCCUGAGAGUCCAGCGAGAGGACAACAAACAUCACUCCCAAACGCACUCCAUUUCAUCAUUACCAUGAGUCCAGAAUCACACGUCGAUCAUCUGAAGAAAAAAAAUUCUAAAUUGCUCCUGUUUUCGGAGAUUUGGUGACACAAACAAAGCUACUCCUUUAAAAACAGAUUUCAUUUAAAACAACUAUUUUGAGUUGUGAUUGAUUAUAAUAAUCAUCUAGUUCAAGAUAUCCAGAUAAAGAAGACGCCACAUUAUAAUAUCCACAAAAAAAGUUCUAAAUUAAUAUGUCUGAAUUAUGAGAAGUAUAGGUUAAGGAAUUCCAGUUAAAAAUGUGGGCGGCAUGGUGGCCUCGCACCUCUGGGGUCGACGGUUCGAUUCCCGCCUCGGAUCUGCAUUCGUGGAGUUUGCAUGUUCUUCCCAAAGUGUGUGAAUGAGUGUGUGUGUGACCUAUGAUAGAUGGGCACCUGUCCAGGCUGUGUCCUGCCUCGUGCCCAAAGUUUCCCAAAAUAUGUAUCAGGCUUGCCAUGCCCCUGUACAGGAUAGGCGGUAUAGAGAGGAUAAACGGAUAAAAAGUUAAAAAUGAGUUUAGAUAAAAAAACUUCCAGAUUAAGAUACUGUAUCAGGAUUAUGAGACAUCCAGAUUAGGAAAUACUUAAAAAUUACUUAGUUAAAAAUGACCUAAUGUAAAAUAUCUAAAUUAAGAUAUCAGUCUAAAUCAAGAUCUGAUUUUAAUUUUUAAAGUCCAGAUUAAACCAGAUUAAGAGGAGUCACAUUUAACAAUUUCAAGGUAAAAUAAGUACAAAUAGUUUCAAAUUAAAAUAUUUAAAAUCUGAGAGUUGUAAUCGAAAAACUUUUCAAAUUAGGAUAUAUAGCUCAUUUUAAAAAAGACAAAAUUUGACACUUUGAUUAUAAAAAAAAAAUCCAAAUUAUGAGAUAUCCACAUAAAGACAAGUUGAAAUUAUAAAUGUAUACAUUUGCAUUUUACAAAUUGGAUGUGCAGAUAAAAAAAAAACUACCAUUAAGUGUUACACUGCCUUAUGAAUUUUGCUAGCGUUUAUAUUUUAAGUAUAAUCUUAGGUAAUUUAUAUUAUUUAUACAAUUUAUUGAAAGUUGCUUUUAUUGAUUAUUAGUUUGAACUGAUUGCACUUUGAUUGUUUAUAGCAUUAAUACCACUUUAACUCUUUAUUCAGUACUUGAAUAUGUUCACAUAGACGGUUAUGGCCAGUGUAUUUAAAGAGUCGCGUUAUGUUCAUCUCGCCAAAAAUCCUUCUGACUGCAGAUUAAACAUUAAACAUCAGUGCACUUAUCACUACUGAAGGGUUAACCAUGAAAUAAAACACACACACAAUCUGAAUUUACAUAGACACCCAUCCUUCUGCCUAAAUCUUCACUUUAACCGUGUUGGUUAACUUGUUUUUAAUUGCAUAAUAAAGAUCCUUUAACACUAGCUAACACUAGCUAGCUAGAUAGUUUGCUUGUGUAAUGUUAAUGUUACUGUAUCUAGUUGAUGUUGCAUUGCUACCCAAGUUCACUAACAAUCAAGCUAACAACAAACUAUCAUUUAGCAAUAUAAAAUAAUAUAAAAAAAAUGAAAAAUGCAUUAAAUGAAUAAACAUAAAUGUUAGCGCUGAAGUUGGAUCAUCAAAUUUAACCUCAUAUCCACUGUUGCAGUACAGUAUGUGUCUCAGCAAAAUCAGAAUGUGAUAAAAUACUGAAUUUAAUUCACUAUAUAUUCAGACUUUUGUUGCACUAUUGUUACCAUCCUGUUAUUCAUGUAUGAGCAAAUAUUUCAUUAUUAGCCUGGUGUGUUAGCCUAGCAUGUAGAGACUGGGUAUACCGAAUGUUAAACGUAGAGUAUUUCAGAUUACAAUGACUGACGUCCUGAGCCGUGUGAAUAUACAACGUUUUUGUAGCAGCAAAGCAGACAUUAUGUUCUUUGUAAUGAUACAAUGCAAUAUUUAAUUAAUUUAGUUUCUCUUCCAUUUUGUUUGAGAAUGUUGUCACUUUAAAUGUAGCUUGCUUUUUUUUAAAUUUUUUUCAGAAGUAUGCUACAGACUAUAGAAGUUUUGCAUUAUAUUGUAUAUACUUUAGAAAUGUAGCCUUUAUUUUAGUAAAUAGCUUGAGUUUUAGUCAGGGAUGUGCACUGACGUUGUGACGAGCCUCUGCUGUGGUUGUCGUUGUUGUUCAUAUUAUGUUCAUAAUGCGGCUAUUUUGAAAUAUCUAGUUGAACCAUAAGGGUUUCCUGAAUAUCAAUAACUGAUAGAAAAAAAAAGUUUAAAUUAAUGACAGUCUUAGGUUAGCUAGGAAACAGGGGCCGUGUCAUGCUAGCUAACAUUAGUUCGCUUUACAUGGAUGCGCUUUUACCUCUCACUAAAAGCCUAAACUUGCCGGGUUGUGGCUCAUUUUUUACAUUUAUUUUUUAUUUGCCCUUUUUUAUUUUAAUUUAUUAUAUUUGAAGUUCAAGAAAAUCCACUGUUAAUUAUUUUUAUUAUUAAAUAAAUACACAAUG